AUGGACCAAACUCAGGCUAUACCAAGUCCGAUUUCUAGUAAGCUCUCCAGUCGAACCCUAUCACCUAAGCCCUUUGUCGACUCCACAACCACCGAGUUCUUCCGACAGCUGGACCAGCGAUACGCCAACGAAAAUGCCGUGCUGGACUUCGGCACCUGGCUGCAGUACUAUGCGUUCGAUGUUAUAGGCGAGCUUACCUACUCCAAGAGACUGGGCUUUGUGGACCAAGGCAAGGAUAUAGACAACGUCAUUGGUAGUCUCGAAUGGCUGCUCAACUAUGCUGCACCCGUUGGUCAAUUGCCGAUUCUUGACAGGCUCCUGCUCAAGAAUCCUCUGAGGCUACAGUUGGCAAAAUGGAGAUUUUCCACCUCGGCGUCGCCUGUCGCCGUCUUUGCUCGCAAUCGUAUGCAGGCUCGAGUUGAUCCGGAGAAACUAGAAGCUAUGACCUUUGACGACAACGAAGGUCGACGUGACUUCCUUUCGCGCUUUCUUGAGGCUCAUCAAAAGGACCCCGAGUUUAUCAGCAACGACCGCGUCCUGGCCUUGACGGUCGCCAACAUGUUUGCAGGAUCUGACACAACAGCCAUCACUUUGCGGGCUAUCUUCUACUAUCUCAUGAAGCACCUAGACGAUAUGAGUACUCUCAUCGGUGAACUUGCCGAGGAGGAAAAGGCAGGAAGGUUUACUCGUGAAGAUGGUCUGUUACUCUGGAACGAGGUCCGGGACCUCCCUUUUCUCAAUGCCGUCAUCAAGGAAGCUUUGCGCUGUCAUCCGGCCGCCGGCCUCAUGCUUGAGCGUAUAGUCCCUGCCAGAGGUCUUCAGACAACCGGAUAUCAUAUUCCUGCUGGUUCGAUCGUGGGUGUUAAUGCCUGGGUCCUGCAUCGAAACAAAGAGAUAUUCGGUCAAGAUGCUGAUCGCUGGCGGCCUUCACGAUGGACUGAAGCCUCCGUUGAAGGGCAAAAACUGAUGGAGAAGUCCUUGUUCUCAUUUGGAGCAGGCUCUCGAACUUGCAUUGGAAAGAACAUCAGUUUACUUGAGAUGUACAAGUUGGUACCUGCCCUUUUACGGAGAUAUAAGCUCGAAUUCCCAUCUUCGGAUAACAACUGGUGCUUGAAUAAUGCGUGGUUCGUUAAGCAAAGUAACUUUAAUGUGCGGUUACAACGUAAGACGAAAGUCUCAUUCAUACCAGAGGAAUAA